UGGGGAGCGCGGGGCGCGGGGACGAUGCCCCGGCCGGCGCUGCCGCUGCCCGCGGGCUGGGAGCGGGCGCGCGACCCCGAGGGCCGGGCCUACUUCAUCGACCACGCGCGCCGCGCCACCAGCUGGGUGGACCCGCGGGACAGGUUCACCAAACCCCUCACCUUUGCUGACUGCAUCAGCAAUGAGCUGCCUCUGGGCUGGGAAGAGGCCUACGACCCCCAGGUUGGAGAUUACUUCAUAGACCACAACACCAAAACCACUCAGAUUGAGGACCCGCGGGAGCAGUGGCGGCGGGAGCAGGAGCACAUGCUGAAGGAUUACCUGGUGGUGGCGCAGGAGGCUCUGAGUGCCCAGAAGGAGAUCUACCAGGUGAAGCAGCAGCGCCUGGAGCUGGCGCAGCAGCAGUACCAGCAGCUACACGCCGUCUGGGAGCACAGGCUGGGCUCCCAGGUCAGCUUGUGUUCAUCAUCCAGCUCGAAGUAUGACCCCGAGAUCCUGAAAGCGGAAAUUGCCACUACCAAGUCCCGGGUCAACAGGCUGAAGAGGGAGAUGACCCAUCUGCAGCAGGAGCUUCAGUUCAAGGAGCAUGGCUUCCAGACCCUGAAGAAAAUCAACAGGAAGAUGUCUGACGCUGAGGGAGGCUACCAACUGGACGAGGCCCGGGCUGUUUUAAGAGAGACGGAAGCCAUCAGGAAAGCCAUCACCUGCGGGGAGAAGGAGAAGCAAGACCUCAUUAAGAGCCUGGCCGCGUUGAGGGAUGGCUUCCACCCCGAGCGGGGGUCUCGCUCAGACCUGUGGUCCAGCAGCGGCUCCCUGGACAGCUCAGGCUGCCCGCUGCCCAAGCAGUUCCUAGACGUGAGCUCGCAGACGGACGUCUCUGGAAGCUUCGGUGGUGGCAGCAACAACCAGUUGGCUGAGAAGGUCAGACUGCGGCUUCGCUACGAAGAGGCGAAGAGACGGAUCGCCGUCCUGAAGAUCCAGCUAGCCAGGCUGGACGGUGAGGCCUGGCCUGGGGCGCUGGACGUGGAGAGGGACCGGCUGGUCCUCCUCAGCGAGAAGGAGCAGCUGCUCAAGGAGAUGCGCUUCACCAGCCCCCGGGAGCGGAGCCAGGGCGAGCUGGAGCAGCUGGACAAGGACCUGGAGGCCGCCCGGGACACGCAGAGCAAGGCGCUGGCCGAGAGGCUAACGCAGACGGAUAGGAGGAUCCAGCUGGUGCGGGAGCUGGAGGAAGCCACGCGGCUGGCGACGGUGCUGCAUGGCCAGCUCAGGAGCCUCUCCAGCAGCACACAGUCCCUGUCCUCCGGCAGCAGCCUGGGCUCCCUCACCUCCAGCCUGGACUCGUCCACGUCGGCCAGCGCCACCGACCUCCGCUGCGACCCCCUGGGGCCGCCGGGCUGCGAGCUGCUCCUGGAGGGCGCGGCCGGCUUCCGGCCCUCGGGCUGCAGAGCCGCCAUCCCGGAGGGCGAGGUGCCCCGGACCCGCCCGCCAGCCCCGGGCACCCCCAAGUCCAUCGCCUCCCUGUCCCCACGCUCCUCCUUCUCCUCCCCGUCCCCUCCCUGCUCCCCGCUCUUGGCCGACCCCCUUCUGGCCUCGGACGCCUUCCUCAUCCCCUUGGAGGUGGACGAUCUGGAACUGAGCGCUGCCCUUUGUGGGCUGAGCCUUGGUGGUGGCGGUGGCGGCCUGCGGGACAGACACCGGCUGGAGGAGCCAGGAGUGACCGCCCAAGCGGUGGGUGCGGCUCCGGGCUGCAGCCUGAAAGCGGCCUGUGUCUCGGCCGCUGUGUCCGACGAGUCCGUGGCUGGGGACAGUGGUGUGUACGAGGCCUCUGCGCGGAGACUGGGCAGUUCCAAAGCCGCCGCGUUCGACAGCGAAUCAGAAGCCGCUGGGGGCACCGCUCGCGCUCAGAUCACCCUGAAGUACGAUGAGAAGAGUAAGCAGUUCGCCAUACGGAUCGGACAGCUGCGCGGCCUCUCUGUGCUGUCCCCCCAGCACGGCCGGAAAGUGAACUUCCGCGUGGCCAUCCUUCCUUGCCCAGAGAGCAGCGCCUGCCUGCUCCACACCCGGCCCCUGGACGCCGCCGCCGACACCCUGGUGUUCAACGAGGCCUUCUGGGUGUCCAUGUCCUACCCCGCCCUUCACCAGAAGACCUUACGAGUGGACCUCUGUGCCUCUGACACGAGCCACCCCGAGGAGUGCCUGGGAGGAGCCCAGAUCAGCCUCGCCGAGAUCUGCCGGUCUGGGGAGAGCUUCACCCGCUGGUACAACCUUCUGAGCUCGCAAGACUUGGGGAGGCUGAGCAGGGAGGCCCCGGCCGCGGGGUCCCCAGGCCCCACAAACACGGAUGCGGUGUCCGCACUGCUGGAACAGACCAUAGUGGAGUUGAGGAAGAGGCAGGAAGAACGGGCCGGCUCUCAGGCGGAGGAGGACGGCUGGAGGACGGAGGAGACCAGUGAGAACGAGGCUGUGCCCGAGGAGGGGGAGGAAGAGGAGGGAGAAGAGGACGUUUUCUCCAGGAAAGCCUCUCUGGCUGAGGAUGAGCAGCCAGCGUUGAAGGUGGACAAAGAGACCAACACGGACACCGCGGCCCCGCCCCCCAUGGUGGUGCGGCCCAAGGACCGGACGGGCCCCCCCUCAUCCGGGCCGCUCCUCCGCGGGAGCACCAUCAUCCGCUCCAAGACCUUCUCCCCGGGACCCCAGAGCCAGUACGUGUGCCGGCUGAACCGGAGCGACAGUGACAGCUCUACCCUGUCCAAAAAGCCCGCCUUCGUUCGGAACUCGCUGGAGAGACGCAGCAUCCGCAUGAAGAGGCCCUCAUCCGUCCAGUCCCUGCGCCCCGAGCGCCCGCUCCAGACCUUGCUGGACCUCGAGCUGGACCUGCAGGCCACGCGGACCUGGCACCACCAGCUGACCCAGGAGAUCUCGGCGCUGAAGGAGCUGCAGGAGCAGCUGGAGCGCGCCCAGAGCCUGGGGGAGCGGGAGCUGCCGCGCCAGCUGCUGGAGCGGAGGGUGGACAGCACGGAGCAGAGGGCCGAGCUGCAGACGGAGAAGAUGCUGAGGUCGGCUGCCAAGGAUGUGCUCAGACUCCGGGGCCAGAGCCACAAGGAGCCCCCAGAGGUGCAGUCCUUGCGGGAGAAGAUGGGGUUCUUCACCCAGCCCCCGCUGCACAUUCCAGCCCUGUCCGCAGAUGACGUCUGAUCGCCAGAAAAGUAUUUCCCGUGUCCCACGGGCAGGCCGCCAGCGCCCCCCUGUGGCGAACGUAUUUAUGUGUGGUUAUAUGAAGGAACCGAGCUACAAGUCCUCUAGCACUCUUGUUGGUUUGAGAUGAACACAGUUGUUUGUUUGUUUGUUUUCCUUGGCUGGGUCUGAUGAUGAUUAAAACACACACACUAAAUAAUUAAUAAGGGGGAGAAAAACAUAAAAAUACAAAAAAAAAAACAGCAUUAAGUGACCAGAUUGUAUAGUUUGUAUAUUUAGGAGUGUAUUUUUGGGAAAGAGAAUUUAAAUGAGCUGUAGCAGCGUCCCUCGCGGCUCUCCUGCCAGCCGUUCAGCCCGGCCUCGCCUGUUUUAGAGGCUGGAUCGCAAUAAGAAGUCAGGCUCGGGCCGGGAGUCCUCCCCGGACGUCCGGGUCCGGCAAACGCCACAGCAGCAGCACACCUGACCUUCCCUCCGGCACGGGUUUUGUACGCCAUGGACAACAGAAACGUCAGCCCAGCGCAGACGCCGCCAGGGGGUUCUGAGGUGUGUCCUGGCUCCUGGUGAGCCCCCCGGAGCCGGCGUGGUCACCUGACUCGGCGUUGCGCCGGCUGGCGACAGGCCGCGUGGGUCUCAGGCCCAGUGAAACCACUGACCGGUGCGGGGAGGGCUGUGGAGAACGCCGUUUGUCCAUCAAUAAAGUGGCCUUUUCGGAA